AUGCACCUUCGCAGGACGAGGUAUAGAAGCUGUUUCCCUCUAUUGUGUGCAAGGGCUAAUCUUACACAAGUUGAAACAAGACUUCUAGGCAUUGACGUUAUUGUCGGAAGGCAAGGAGAUUCAUGCGAUGCUGUUUGCAAGUCACGGGGACAAUUUAUGCAAAGAUACAUGACCUGUAAAGGCUCCUGUUUAGAAAAUUCCGGAGCUGACCAACCUGCUGAGGUUGCUGAUGAUUCACCCAGAGAGUUUAUUCCAACUUUUUAUCUUCUCUUAUGGCAUGCUUUAAGAUCUUGA